GAAGGAGUUAUAUUUUAACUUGCUGAUUGAUUUCUCUUUGCACAUAAGCAUGAGCCAUGGUAAAAGGGAUCAGCCAUUUGAAAAGAAGCCUGUGUGCCACCAGGAUGCCUACGAAGUGGAUUUCAGUUCUGCUGCUGCUACAGCUGAGUGAAGAAAUGUUUUGGGAAGGUUCUGACUUUGUUGAAAAGCUCUGUAAAGAUGCUGUUUUUAAUAAGAAACUUAUGAGAAAACUACAGGAGUCAAGGUUUGAUGUUGUUCUUGCAGAUGCCAUUGGAGCAUGUGGUGAGCUGCUGGCUGAGCUACUUAAAAUACCUUUUGUGUACAGUCUCCGCUUCUCUCCUGGCUAUAAAAUUGAAAAGUAUAGUGGAGGACUGCCAUUCCCUCCAUCCUAUGUACCUGUUGUCUUUUCAGAAUUAAGUGACCAAAUGACAUUCAUGGAGAGGGUAAAAAAUAUGGUCUAUGUGCUCUAUUUUGACUUCUGCCUGCAAACAUAUAAUCAGAAGAAGUGGGAUCAAUUUCUGAACGAAGUACUAGGAAAACCCAUUACUUUAUUUGAGUUAAUGAAGAAAGCUGAAAUGUGGCUUAUUCGAACCUAUUGGGAUUUUGAAUUCCCUCGCCCACUUUUGCCACAUUUUCAAUUUGUUGGAGGCCUCCACUGCAAGCCUGCUAAGCCUCUGCCUAAGGAAAUGAAAGAGUUUGUCCAGAGCUCUGGAGAAAAUGGUAUCGUGGUGUUUUCCCUGGGGUCGAUGGUCACUAACAUGACAGAAGAAAGAGCCAAUGUGAUUGCAUCAGCCCUUGCCCAGGUUCCUCAAAAGGUUAG